UCUGUCAAUUCAAAAAUCAUUUUGUACCAUAUCCUUACCAUUCAAUACAAACCAAACAAUUUGCUGCCGAUUCUUUCGAACAACACAACAAUGGAAUAUAAUAAUUUCAUUAAAAGCAGUUAAAUACCAAUACCAAAGAAAAUGUUUACACGUAGACUACUGAAUACUAUAAAAAUAAUUUACAGGGCGCAUAGGACGAUUCAAUAUAAACUACGUAUAGUUUCACCAGUAACAUUACCCAUUCUUACGCAAGUCUCCUGCGAAGCAAACCAAAAAGAUGAGCAACCAGGCAUUUGGGAUGAAGAGAAAUUGGGCCAUGAAUUUCUCAUUCGCCAGGCUACUACCGUUAAUGUGAAUGCUGCCACCCAACUUCUCACUGUGACUAUGGUUGCUAUACAGGACACGAGUGAGAGAUUAAGAGAAGCACUGUCCAAGGAAAUCUGUUUAGUAAAGCAAGCACUAGAGUGGGGAGAAGAUGGCACUCCUCCACAACACUGGGAUCAGCUGGUUGCAGUGCGAGGGUCUCUCUGUGAUCUUAAACAUAAUCUUAGGGUUCUUUUAAGUUAUAUGGAUUAUGCAGAAAAACUAGCAACAGUUGCUGCAGAAAUAUCUUACUUGUCUGGUAACAUUGCUGCGUCAGAUGCCAUUUGUGAGAGAAUAGACCAUGCAUGCAGGAGCUGUAAUGCACAGAAGCAGCAGACACACGAGCUGCAGCAGGAGUCGCUGGAGCUGCAGCAGCAGGCCAUCGCCGCCGCCCCACAACUGCAAGACAAACUGGUUGAUCAACCUUCACAAGCUGUUAAACAGUGAUUGUACUACUUAGAGACUGCUUUCUUUUUCAUUACCACAUCACCAAAUGACAGAAGUUAUUUUUAUUUUCUAGCCAUGCGGCAAUCACUGCUGGCCACUAGUUGGUUAUUUUUUUCUAAUUAUUAACAAAAUAAUAAUCAGAAAAAAUAGAAGUUACAAGUUAAUAAAAUAUUGUAUUACUUCAUCUUGUAAAUAACGUAAAUUGAAAAUGUUAACAAAUUGUUAACAAAUGUUAUAAUUAAAGCAUCUUUAUUCAGUUUCA